UGUGAUAUUAUAUAUAAAUAUAUUUAUUUUUCUACCAAUUUAAAACAUGUCAGAAGAGCAGUCGAGCUUGGCGCUAAAGCCCAUACUAAUAUUGAGAGAUGAUGAAGAGGAGGAAGAUGGAGCGGGAGGUGAUGGGGGUGGCGGCGGCGAGGAGGAAUCGAAGCCCAAGAAGCACGUCACCUUCAACCGGGUGGUGGAAUACUUCACCUAUUCGGAUAGUUUGACCAGCUGGAAGAGACGCCUAAUGUCCGACAACGAUUUGCGACGAAGCAUGCCGCCGGAGUCCAAGGCUUGCUUUGCAGAGAACUAAACCCAAUUUACGACUCCAGCCCACCACGACGACCAUAUUGCAAAGGCAACACUGAGCAAACACAAGCCACCAGCGGAAGUUGUUAACUGAACGUGACACUUUUAACCUAAUUGGGGAAUAAACGGCUGCCCGUAUCCUUCCGGGGAGAGGGGUGUGGACCUGUCAGUUGUUUUUAAUGCACUUCCCAUGUCCUAAAGUUGGCUAGGAGGCGAAGCAAAUGGCCAAUGAGUUAUUCAUGAUUUGUACUUAUUUAUAUUUUUGUGUGUUCGUAUUAAAAGCAUCAGCCACUCUGCA